AUGGCUCGCCGUCGUCGACCUCCCCGCCCCGGUGCACUCGCGGAUCUCCGCCCAUGGAAUAUCCUCUCCCAGAUGCUGCUCUUGCAGGCUUUCUACUACGCGAUCGCCCUCAUACUCAUCGUCUUCACCACCUUUGUCGCCGGCAAACAUCCCGCACCAGGCGAGAUCUUUGAUUGGCGGAACGUACGCGGAGAUGUUACUACGGGAUGGACUUUGGGGUUGUGCUGGAUGCUGGAUGCGCUUGUUACCGUGAUUCCGUUGCUACUAUUGAUCGCCCGCUCGAAACUAGUCCCCGACUUUGCGCUCACGAUUCAUUUCAUCCACUUGAUCGUCACAUCCCUCUAUACCCACCGCAUUCCCAACACGAUCGCAUGGUGGGCUUUGCAGAUAUGUUCCGUGACCUUGAUGUGCUCACUGGGGAUAUGGGCGUGUCAGUGGAGAGAGUUGCGACCUAUGAUGUUUGGAGGAAGUGCGACAAAGCAACCGGCCGCGGAAAGUCAGGCAGCAGGGAAUGCGCCGGAAGAUCUUGAGGCCGGUCAUGAGAUGGGAAGUGGAAGAGGAAGAGGUCGGGAUGGAGCGGGGACCUACGAAAUGGUUGGGAUGGGAAGCGGUAGUCGGGAACCUGCUUGA